UCAUAUAACUAGAGUCUCUGACUUAUACCUACAGUUACAUCAUACAAAUCCCAUCAUAUCUGUAUAGCUACAUAUAUAUACAUACUCACAUAUAUACAACCAUGAGUUCAGAUACAGAAUAUGUCACAUUGGUUUCGGCCGAUAACCAUAAGUUCAUAGUAAUGAAAGAAGUAGCUCAAAUCUCAUCAGUGAUCAAAAGUAGUCAAGGAUUUCAAGAAGGUGAAACGGGAAAAAUAUCAUUGGAUAUGGAUGGAGAUAUAUUGGAAUGUAUAGUAGAAUACCUAUAUUAUCAUUAUAAAUAUAAAGAUCAAGCUGAAACAGGAAAUAUUCCUGAAUUUAAUAUACCGACUCACUUAGCCUUAGAAUUACUUGUAAAGGCAGACUUUUUAGAUAUCUAACGAAUAACCAAUCUCCAAUAUAUACCCAUUAUCUUAAAAUGCUACAUGAAUGUACUAUAUACGUUAAGUUUAAAUUUAACCUUUCUUUUAACACUAAACAUGUUAACUCAUUAAUAUAAUAUACAUCACCCUUUAGUUAACUAUGGGAACCCGGAAACUGCUUGAUCCUGCACCUACCCCCCCAUUUUGUAAGACCAGUAACGAUAACCAAUCUCUCCCCUUUAAUAAGUGCCA